AUGAUCGAUCCAGCAGUAUGGGGCAACUGGGCAAUCGACCUUACAAACGCUAGCCCACAGCAACUGGGUUCCUAUAUGGGUUUCCUACUUGAGACCUAUGAGAAGAGGAAUCUCACGGGCCUCGAGCUAUGGAACGAAGUUUCUCCCGAUUUCGCCGACUGGUCAGAAGAAGACUUCCAGAACGUACCUCCCCCAAUCCUACGAUUCUUCAGAGACUAUUUAAUCGGUAACGGCGUCUACGUCGAAAUGGAUGGCAAGAAAAUCUCGAAAAACGUGGCAUUAGCCCUCAAAAAGGAAGAAUUCCACUACUGGUCACCCCAAGAACUCGAACAAGGCGUCAAGAGAUAUCGCAACCUGAAGGCUCUGAUAAAAGACCCCGAAUUCCACGAAGAGAUCACGAGACCGGCAACAGUAGCCAACAGCACAGGAGGAAGAGUCGAACCAACCCUACAGCCACCUCCUCCACAAGAACAACAACAGUGGCAACUACCGUACCGACCGCCACAUCCCACGGUCUCUCCGUUAACAGACUUCCAACCAUACGAGUCAACAGACCGUAUCGGAAAGCAAUUAACAGAAUUCGCGAAACUAUACCCCGACGAUAUGAAAUACAGCGGCGAUAUGUACGAUGUACUCGAAAAGAAGAUGCCAGUAUUCGUGGAUCACUGUAGAAUGCUGGGAAUUCACACCUCCCAAUACAACAGGGCACUUCCCCUAAUACUGAAAGGAAUAGCCAAAACCUACUUCUACGCCUCGAUUAAAGUGAUCAACCCACAGCCCAACUUCGAGACCAUGAUCAACCAAUUGAAAUCACACUUCGAGACUAGGGAAAGGCAACAAGCGUACGUUACGCAGUGGAAUACAACUACUCUUCCCCAAAUCAUUCGCGAUAACCCUGGAAAGACCAAAUCGGAGUGUUUUGACAUACUAUGUGACAAAUUAAGCAAGAUUCAGCCCGGUUUGCCACAACAGGAUCACAACGACCGAUCCCUCCAUACCCAACUUCUACACGCUUGUAGAGAUAUUCCAGAGUGUGCAAUGGCGUUAUUUGUACCGGCUGAGACGUACGAGGGACUUCGCAGCCAAUUAAUCUCGUCGAUCGAGACAGCUACCCGUCUCAACCAACAACAAUUCAACACAGUAGCCAACCCACCAGAGCAGUACUGGACCGACAGAACUUUCAACGUGAAAGUGACGAAGAGGAAGAGACCGGCAGCGACAGUCAAUUCCAGGUCACCGCCUAUUUCACUACAACAGCAAUUGACGGCAACAGGAUCGCCACGAUCCUAG